AUGGCCAACGAGGACUUUGACGAGUCUCCCAUGCUAGAUGUCAUUGACGAGUCGCCCAUGUCAGAUGACCUUGAUGAGUCUCCCAUGUCAGAUGUCAGUGACAAGUCGCCCGUGCCAGACGGCUUUGGCGAGUCUCCCGCGACAACCUUCCUUGAGGAGCCUUCCGAGCAAGAUUCCUCCGACGAGUCUGACAAGUCAGAUGAUGGCUAUGACUUGUAUGCUGUGCCCGAAGAGUUUGACGAUUUUUCUGUGGAAGAUUUCUUUGAUGAGUUUCCCACGCCAUCACUUGAAUUUGCAUUCCGUGGGAAAAUCGUCCAAUUCCAAUGGGACGGAAUCAGGGCCAAUCUUAAACAACCGAACCAAGACAAGGCGACGGCUCUAGCGCUCAUGCGGAUAGCCGGUGACUUGGCCUUAACCCACUCAGGAACCCUUGGUCCUUGGGCCAUCAAAAACAAACCUCUCGAGCCGCUUCUUGAUUUCUUCAGAUUCAUGGAAGGCCAGAAGCCCGACAUCUUCUACGAGACUGCCCUGUUCAUGACAUCCUUCUUGAUGAUGUCAAUCCUUGAACGGAAAGCAAAAUGUGUCUCUUCGCUCGGCACAGAAUGGAGCUCAGCACAAGCCUAUGACGACUUUUGGCAAGCGUACUUUUUAUCUGGGGGCUAUUCGCGGGUGGCCCCGAGUUUCAUCAAAUUUGACCAGCAGGGAGGUAUCUUCUUGGGCGAAGACGAGACGACGGUCUGGAGUGGUGCCGAACGUCCCGGAGCAUUUGUCCUAUUUGAUCGUCAUUGGGUAUUCGACGGCGACGCUGCCCAGCAGGGGAAAUUGCGCGUGCGCAGGUAUUUCGAUGUGGAGGGUGCUGAUAUUUACAAGGACUAUUGA